GGCGGCGGUGGGGGGAUCGGGAGUGCCGGGGCGCUCCGCGGCAGAGCCCCGCGUCGCGUUCCGGCCGGCCUGCGCAGGGCCCGGCGCGGCGAUGUAGGGGACAUACCCUGACGGGACGGCGGACGGACGGGCGCUGCCUGCGAGGAGGAAGCUAAGCCAGAGGAGCCGGCCGCGGCCGGGGAGGCUCCCGGUGCGCCGCCGCUAUGGCCGGGCCCGGCCUCUGGGCGAGCAUCAAGUCCCUGCUGCGGAGGAGCGAGGACCCCUUGUUCCUGAACGACUCCAGUGCCUUUGACUUCUCGGACGAGGUGGGGGACGAGGACUUCCCCAGGUUUAACAAGCUGCGAGUGGUGGUGUCGGACGACGCCUCAGAGGUGGCCCCCGAGACGCCAGUGAACGGGGCGCCCCUGGGCCUGCCCUCCGACGACGACUCCCUGCUGGACCGGGACAUCGCCCUGCGCAGCGCCCGGCCCGGCCGGCCGGACCCCUGCAGCGGCUGCAGCAGCCGGCGGGAGCGCUCCCGGCUGCGGAAGGUGAAGAAGCGGCUGACGCUCGCUGCUCUCCUCUACCUCCUCUUCAUGACGGGGGAGCUUGUAGGUGGAUAUGUUGCUAACAGUCUAGCAAUUAUGACAGAUGCACUUCAUAUGUUAACUGACCUUAGCGGUAUUAUUUUGACCCUGCUUGCUCUCUGGCUGUCUGCAAAAUCUCCCACAAAGAGGUUCACUUUUGGAUUUCAUCGCUUAGAAGUGUUGUCAGCCAUCAUUAGUGUAUUGCUGGUCUAUAUCCUUAUGGCAUUCCUCUUGUAUGAAGCUGUUCAGAGAACUAUCCAUAUGGACUAUGAAAUAAAUGGCGAUAUCAUGCUGAUUACAGCAGCUGUUGGCGUCGCAGUUAACUUGAUAAUGGGUUUUUUGCUGAAUCAAUCUGGCCACCUUCAUUCCCACUCCCAUUCCCACCCUCACUCCCACGUACCUCAGUCGAACUCUCCCAACACAGCCCCCAGCGGAAGCCACGGGCACAGCAGCCUUGCCGUCAGAGCCGCGUUUGUACAUGCUCUUGGGGACCUGGUGCAGAGCAUUGGUGUGCUCGUGGCUGCGUACAUCAUACGCUUUAAGCCAGAAUACAAGAUUGCUGAUCCUAUAUGUACAUAUGUAUUCUCCAUACUGGUGGUUUUGACAACAGUUCGUAUUCUGUGUGAUACAGGAGUUAUUAUUCUGGAAGGAGUUCCAAGGCACUUAAAUGUGGAUCGCAUUAAGGAGGACUUGAUGAAAAUUGAAGAUGUUUAUUCUGUAGAAGAUUUAAAUGUUUGGUCUCUCACUGCAGGAAAAACAGCUGCCAUAGUCCACUUGCAACUAGUACCUGGUAGUUCAUCUAAGUGGGAGGAAGUUCAGUCCAAGGCCCGACAACUGCUGCUGAACACUUUUGGAAUGUACAAGUGCUCUGUCCAGCUUCAGAGUUACAAACAGGAAAUAAGCAAAACCUGCGCAAGUUGUCAGAGUUCCAGUGCCUAAUUUCGUAUGUUUUGGGAACUGCUGCCUUAUUCUUUAUCUUGUAGUCAAAGACUGAGAGCAAUAAAUGCAAAAUGAAAGUGAUCAAA